AUGAUAGGUGUUAAUAAUAAUGUUGAUGAGGAUAAUGGCAAGGGAAUGGUUGAAGAGACUUUAGUGAAGAAAAUCCCAUGGCUGCCCCUACCUUUUCCUCAAAGACUAAAACAAAAGAAGAAAGAUGUAAAUUUUAAGAAAUUCAUUAAUAUGUUGAAAGAGUUGAGCUUGAACAUCCCUCUUCUUGAGAAUUUGGAGAAGAUGCUUGGAUAUUCUAGGUUUAUGAAAAAGUUGGUGUCAAAGAAGAGAGUUGUGAGUUUUGAGGAUGUUGGUGGAUUUGGGCUUGAGCCCUCCAGAACCAAUGAAUCUACAAUUGUUGAUGGAAGACCCUACAUAAAGACACUUGUGGGCAUAUUAUUCGCUGUGUUAGUGAAAGUUGAUAAUUUUAUAUUUUUGGCUGACUUUGUUAUUUUUGAUUGUAAGGUUGAAUUCAAGAUGCCCAUCAUAUUAGGAAGGCCAUUCAUGGACAUGGGUAGAGCAAUAGUUGAUAUGGAGAAGGGAGAGCUCAAGUUCAGAGUUAGUAAUGAGGAAGUCACAUUCAGAGACCAUAAAACUAUGAAGCAUCCAUCCUACUUGAGGGUGGUGGCAGUUAUUCAUUAUGUUAAUGAUCCUUGA